AUGAAUCCACGUGAACAAGUGAGCACUGAAAAAACGACGAAAACUCCUAGUCAAGAUGGACAAGGUCGUUGGUAUGAAUUAUUAUCGCCUACACAAGUCUUGACCGGACACGAAGAUACAACAGCAACAACAACGACAACGACACAAAAGACAAAGAAGAAGAAGUGUCGUGGUAAUCGAAGAGCACAACGUCAACGACGAAAAUUACGUCGUCAAGAAGAAAAGAAGGACAACGAUGAGAAUAUCGCUGACAUCGACGAAGAUCUUAGCAAUAUGGCUGAGGAAGAAGAAGAAGAUGAACAGCCAAUGGAAACAUUAUCUGGUCAAAGUCAGCAGCGGAUGAGAGCUACGAAUAAACGUAAACGACAAGAAAAGAAUAAUGAUCAAACUGAGCAUCUGUCCCAAUCACUCAGUCAGUUGUCAGUAUCACAACCAAAAGCCAAGAAACAGGCGACUACAGAAGCAAUGACGGCUACUGAGAAAGAAGAUCCGUUACCAUACAAUCAUAUUCGACGAUACAAACCGUCCUACUUGAAAGUGCCUGAUCAUGUUUUCGUCCGAAUGUUGGCCAAAGCUAUUACGGGUGAAGGAUUCUGGGGAUCAGAAUUAGCAAGAGCCUUUGCUAAACAACAUCGAACUUGUCGUGCUUAUGGUCUUCAGAAGCAUACCAUCGAGAAAAGACAGACAACACUUCAAAAUCAGAUGCAGCACACAAUCGAAGCAUUACAACGAUCUUUGGAGCAAUUGGAAGAGAAUGCUCAACAAUGGCAACCAUCAUUUGAUCCACAUAUAAUAGCGUAUGCCAUCGAUGAAUGUGUCAAGAAUGGUCAAAAGCGUCUACGAGAUGAAUUCGAAUACAAGAAGAAAAUGCUUGUCAUAAAUAUGGAUGAUCAUUAUCUGAUUCAUUCAUUCUAUGAAUUACAACCGACAAAAGAGCAGGUUAGUUCAUGA